AUGAUGAUGCUAGGGUACUCCUCCAAGCCGCUACAUCUUCUUGUCCUGAGUCUGGUCGUCGCGGUUUCAGCCUGCAGUGGCAAUACAGGCGAAACCGACCAAACUCUCAUCUCUCACACCCGCUCCACCUUUCACGUGGGAGGUCGAACUGUCAACGUCAGCACUCCCACCACUGGCACUGGCUUCGUCUACACCGAGCAGAUCUAUGUCGAGCGCCUCACCCCAAUCGCCGUCACACACGCAACCCCCAUCAUCCUCUGGACUGGUCUGGGCCAAACCGGCACUUCGUGGAUCUCCACACCAGACGGUCGCUUAGGGUGGGCACAGCUGUUCCUCAGCGCGGGCUACGAGGUCUACAUCGCCGACCAACCUGAACGCGGGCGCUCUCCACUCCUCCCGCCACCGUUCAACGACACCGACGUGUCUCAGAGUGUUGUCGCCGGCGCCUACGCCUCACGCUUGUGGACCGCCACUCAGUCUUUCCCCAACCAAUCCUGGCCGCAGGCCUACCUGCACACUCAAUGGCCCGGCACCGGUCUCGCCGGUGACCCGGCCUUUGAGACCUUCCUCGCAGCCCAAGUCCCGAGUCUGCUCAACCAGACCAAGAGCGAAGCCCUCGCCCGCACCGCCGGCGCCGCGCUGCUCGACCACAUCGGCCAACCCGUCGUGAUCCUGACUCACAGUCAAGGCGGCGCUCACGGCUGGGCCAUCGCGGACGAACGGCCCGGCACAGUCCGAGCCAUCAUCGCCGUAGAACCCCAGGGCCCGCCCUUCAUCAACCAAGGCUUCGGCAGCACGGGACCCGGCAUCGUGCGUCCCUGGGGAAUCACGCAGACGAAGAUGGCGUACGACCCGCCCGUCACGGACACAGCUGAGCUACUGGUUGAAAACCGCACGCUGCAGCCCGACAGGGAAGGGCGGAGCGAGUGCGUCCUGCCAGCGCAGAAGCGCACGCUCGCGAACCUCGCACACGUGGACGUCCUGCUCGUCACGAGCGAGGCCGGCUACCAUUCAGUGUACGACUAUUGCACGGUACUGUUCCUGCGCGAGGCCGGCGUGCCCGUUGAGUUUCUGGACCUGGCCGCCGAAGGCAUCCACGGGAACUCGCACUUUCUGUUCAUGGAGCGGAACAGCGCGGUCGUCUUUGCGAGGGUGCAGGCGUGGUUGGCUGGGUUGGGCGUGUGA